CCUCCCCCGCCGUUGUUUUUCGCCUCUUCCCCCCUCCCCCUCUCACCUCCCCUCCCCUGUCUCCCACCCGGUCGGCAGGCAUGAGCGGCUCCAACCGCCCAUCAGCCGUCGGGCGUCAUGACUCUCUGAUCUUCUCGCCAGCUGAGGGAGCCACCAGCUCGAAUACGGCCGGCGGCCUGUCGCAUGGUGGCCCGGCCGGGUCCAUGGCCUUCGGCAGCACGGCCUCCCUGUCCGGCGCUGGCGCCGGGCUGGCCGCCUCCAGCGCCGGCGGCUCUUUCAGCCUGUACAGCGCCGGCGGCGCGCCCUCGGCCGGGCCCUCAGGCUCCGGUCCCGGCGGCGAGCACGCCGCUGGCGCGGGUGCCGGCCCCGGAGGCGACCCCGGCGACUGGGGCACCUUCAUCAUCGAGCAGCAGCCCGACCCGGAGGUCAAGCUCUUCCAGACCAUCUUCGAUCUGUUCCGUAGCGAGCUCCCUCUCUGGGGCGGGCUCGGUCUUGAGAGCCGCGGCAUUUACACCCACAUCGACACGAUUGUCCGGCUGUCGGAGUGUCGGUUCAUGUUCGUCCUCAGCGAGUUGGUCAUGCUGGCGGAGAUGUGCAGCCCGGCCCUGGGCCAAAGCAAUCUCGCCUCCUCGAGUACCAGCAGCGCCGCGCUGGCCGGCUCGGCCGGGGCCUCCUUCACGACGGCCUCCGGGCCGGCCAAUUCCGCCACCCUGAACUCGGCCUUCGCGGCCACGGUCGGCGGCCGGGCUAGCACCGGAGCCCCGCCGCCGCCGCUGUCCUCGCCGCUGGCCGAGGAGCUCCUGUCGGCCGGCAUCGGUGUCGGCCUCGGUCUGACCAUCACCGAGAUCAUGCAGAAGGACCAAAGCACCGACCUCAUCGUGGACCCGGUGCUGCACAGCCAGAAGCAGAUCCGCUCGCAGCUGAUUGUCCUCUUUGUGAUCGGCCUCUGCCUGUCCCACUGCUGGUCGGCCUAUCUCAAGCGUGAGGACCGGUCCCGCACGCAAACCCCGAUGUUUGUCAAGUCUUCCAGCGUGGCGGCCUUCCUUGAUGUCCUGAUCGAUCCCCCCCCGAUGGAUCCCCUGCUGGCUGAGCGUCUGUCCAAGCUCUGUCAGCAUGUCCACUCGUCGCUGCUGGCUCACAUUCCCCCGGAUGACCCGGCCUUCCCGACAUGGUUCGCCGCGUCGCCCUACUUCUCCUAUCCCUCCACCUCGGCGGCCAGCGUCAAUUCCAGCAUCCUCAGUGGCUACAGUCCCUCCAUCAAUUUGGGGGGCGGUGGAUCUGGCGGCUCCGGCGGCUCCGGCGGCUCCGGCGGGUCUGGGCAUGGUGGCCCGGGUGGCAGUUCCGGCGGCGGCGGCGGCGGCGGCUCCGGCAGCGGGGGCUUCGGCAGCGCCAGCGGCAUGCCCGGGUCCCUGAACUCCAUCAGUACUGGCGAUGUGUUUGGCUCACGGCAAAUUGUGUCCAUGUCCGGCAUCGAGUUCGCCGACCGGGCCAUCCGACCGAUCAUCCGCUAUUUGUCGGCCUCCAACUAUGACCAGCUCUUCUGCCGGAAGUUCCGCAACCUGAUCUCCUCAUUGCAAUCCCUGUCAUCCAGCUCAUCGGCCGAGUCGACCGAGCUCAAUGAGCUGAAGCUUCUCAAGUAUAUGGCCCUCAAUUCCACGCGUAUCGAGGAUAUCUUCCGCUCGUUGGACUCUGUCAGUCGGUUCCUCAAGACCAACACCAUCACCAGCAUCUCCUCGCUGCUGUACACCAUUGUGUUGGGCUGGAUUUCCACAUACCCGCACGAGUUCAUCUCCCUCUGGGAUAGCCACAAGCGCUUCGACGGCACGGCCUCCCUCUUCUACAACAUCAAUGUCAAGAGCGAGAAGCCCAAGAGUCUGAAGCAGCCGGGCACCUGGAAGGCCCAGCUCAUCUUGCUUCUCAUUUCGCCGGCCUUGGUCACCCUUGCCCUCACCCGCCACGCGAACUCUCCCACCCCCCAGCUCCCGGCCGAGCGCCUGCAAGCCAUGAUCCAAAGCCAGGACCACUUGAGUAAGGCCCUGCACUUCUUCGAGCACCUGCGCAAGAGCAUGCAGUCCAAGCAGCCGAUUGACGUGUACCUGGCCACCUCGUGCUAUGUGGACCUGUUCAAGGUGUACACCCUGGUCAGCCCGAAGUCCAGUGCCUUCGUCCUGCAGAGCAUCAUCAAUGAGUUUGAGGAGUUCAUCGAGAGCCGGCUGUCCCGGGUGGCGGACACUCCCUUCCGGCUGAUCUCCGGCAGCACGGCCUCCGAGGAAAUCGACCAGAGCCUGCUGAUCCAGCUGCUGACGUCCAGCUACCGGCUCCGUGCCGGGAGUGUGGUCCGGCCGGGGCUGCUGUAUGCCCUGGUCAAGGACCCCAAGGCCGAGCUGAUCUUCAAGCUGAUCAUGGCCAAGAGCUGUUUGCAGAUCGCCAGUGAGUCGGGGCACCUUCCCUGGAACUCGCGCCUGUCGGCCGCGCACGAUGUCAUUUCGCACCCGCUGCGCAUGAUGUUCCUGGAUCUGGAGCUCCAGCGCCGGGUGCGUCUCGGGGCGAUCAAUCACCUGGCCGUCAACCUGGACCCGGGGCUGGUGCAGCAGGUCCUGGAGGGUGCUCCGCCGGGGCAGCCCGGCGGCGGGACCGGGGCCAACCUCAAUGUCACCCAGCUGGCCAGCAUCGGCUCGGCGCCGUAUUCCUGUGGAUUCGGGCUCUUUUCCAAUGCCCAGGCUCUUGGCCUGCGCCUGGGGCCGCUGCUCACCUCGCUCGAGCACCCGCCGAGCCACCACCUGAUGACCGGGUCCUCGCGGUUUGUGUCCUCGGUCAAGGGCAAGCGCGCGGCCAAUGACCAGGCCGCCUACAACCUGGAGACGCAAAUCCAGCUGGUCAUCCUGCGCCUGUAUGUGGUGGACCCGAUGCUUGCCUUCACGGUGGCCAAGGAUGUCGACCCGCACAUCAAGCUCCUCCUUUGUACGGUGGCGUCGCACCUGCAGGAUCCCGACCUGCAAGAGCGCGCCAGCCAGGUCCUGCUGAAGUUCCACGAGCCGGACCUGAUCGAGCGCUGGGGCGGAGCCGAUUCACAUCGGUCCUCCUCCUUCUGGGACAUCACCAGUGCCGUGACCUACUCGGUGUCCAGCCAGAUUGUCAACUUCCCGCAGCAUGACUCUUCGGUGCUGGGCCACCUGGACGUCCUGUUGCAGAUCCUCAAGCGCCGGAAUGACUUCAUCUCGCUGCAUUGCAUCGAGCUCACCAAGAAGGACCAGGAGAAGCACCUGGUCACCUCGCGCAUGCUGGAGUCCACCCUGCUGAUUCUCUUCUGCUCGGCGGAGCAGCGCGUGUGUGUCCUGUCGGCGCUCUGCCUGCAGGAGCUCUGUCGCGAGGCCGACAGCCUCAAGACGCCGGAUGCCCCGCGCGCCGGCCGGGCCGGGGCCGAAAACUUCUCCAUCUACCGGGAGCUGGUGCAGGCAGUGCUGCAGGCCCGCGGUCGGGCGGCCCUCUACGGGGCCGUGUGGCGGCAUUUGCGCAUGAUGAAGACCCGGUCCGAUGGCAGCCUCAUUUCCUGGUUGGAUGCCUUCCGCCGGUGGAGUACCAUGAUGCCGCAGAUUUCCCAGCAGGGGGCCGGCGCGCUGGUCGGCGAUGAGGCGGACCUUGGGGACCUGGCUUCGCCCGGGUCCGGCCCGACUGGCGGGUCCUCCUGGGGGAGUCUGUCCUCCAAGUCCGAUGCCGAUGAUGACCGUCGCUUCCGUCCGUCCAACUUGCUGACCAAAAUCCGCCCUCAGCGGCCUGCGGCCGAGGCGGCUGCGGCGGCCGCGGCCGCCGAUGCCGUUGAUGACAGCGGCGUGUGGCUGAACUACGUCGGGUUCCUUUGCUCCCUGGGCGGCAUCUGCCUCGUCCAGUCAAAGACCUCGACCGAGAAGAACACCACCAAUGACCCGAAGUACUUCAUGAAUGACUUCGUCAAUGGCCUCAUCGACUACAUGGUGUGCGACAAUGUGACCAUCCGCAUGAAGGUCCAGAAGGCCGUGGCCAUGGAGCUGUCCCCUUCGCUGUUCUACAUCUUCUUCGAGGCCCUGCUCAAGCGCUCGACCAUGUACCUUGGCCGAGCCGGGGCCGGGGUCGGUGGGGCUCUGCUCAGCAUGGAGCCCCCGGCGGCGGAUGGCACGGACGCGGCAGCCACGUCGGCGGCGCCGGGGGCCGGUGUCGCGGCCGCCAGCGCCCCGACCCCGGGGGCCGACGCCGGCGUCUCCGCCCGAAAGGCCAUCCUGCUGAUCGAGCAGUCGGUCAUGGUCAUCAAGAUGAUUGUCUCGCGGUUGACCUCCUUCAGCGAGCAUCUGGCCGCCGUGGAUCUGACCCAAUUGCUGCUGCUGUUCAUGAACUACCUGAACACCGACCAGUCCAACCGGCGGCCCUUCCGCCGGGCCAAGAUCACCCUCUGCCAGCUGAUCGAUGUGGUCCUGUCGAAGCGGGACUUCCUGGCCCUGCGGUCGGAAAUCCAAAUGCGCAACGACAUGAUCGGCAUCAUCAUCCGGUGGAUGAGUGACUUCGUCGGGGAGGCGGCCGAGGCCGGUGGAGCCGGCAGCGGGGCCGGCCCGGCCGGGCCAGCUGGCACAGGCCCCGGCUCGCAAAGCGCCUCCGGGCCCGGGUCUCCGCGUUUGUUGGAGUCCGGGCCGGCCACCGGCGCCGGGUCCAACACCGGGUCCAUUGCCGGCUCGGGGGCUGGGGCCGGUGCCGGGGCUGGCACCGGUGCCGGGCAGUCCCGUGCUCCGGCCGGGGCGGGCUCCACUUCCGGCCCGAGUGCUGGCGCUGACAGCACAUUGGCCAAUGCCGGGGUCGGCAUGGCCGGGAUGGCCGGGUCUGGUACUCCGUCCGGCGCGCCGGUCGGGUCCGGCAGCAUCGGCCCCGGGGCCCUGACCAUCAGCGGCCCGAUCGGCCUCAGCCAUGUGAAUGGCGUGUCGGCCUUCUCUGCCGGGGUGGCCGGGGCUGCCGGGACUCCCGGGGCGGGAGCCGGCGGGGCCGGCCUGGCCGGGGCAGCGGCCACCGGGACCGGGCCCCCGGCCGGGGGCAACUACCUCGGAGCCGAUGUGGCCGGGGCCGCGCCGCACAGCGCCAACCCCGCGGUCAUCGGCCUGAUCAUGACGCGCUACGCGCAGAACCGCAGUGCCAAGGAGAUCUACGAGUUGGACAUCGCGGUGAUGCGGGCGGUGGUGAGCCUGCUGCACCAGCUGCCGCUGCUGCCCACCGAGGAGGAGGCGUCCUCGGAUUCCGGGGGCUUCGGGCGCUUCCGCCUGCAUUUCAAGGCCCUCGAGCAGGUGAUCGAUCGGUGCCUGGUGCUGGACCGGUACCUGAAGCCGCUGGCCAGCGAGUCCAACAUCCUCAAGGACUGGAGCUCCUUCCACUGGGAUUUGCAGCAGCUCCGGGACACGGUCAUCUUGGCCAUCUCGCACAUGCUCUCGGCCAAUGUCCAGAGCGGCUUGCAGCUGUCCCUGGGCCUGGGCUACCACAUCGACUCGAAGAUGCGCACGGCCCUGAUCCAGGUCCUGACGCACAUCCUCAACCAGGGCACGGAAUUCGGGGACCUGGCGGACAAUUCCCCGGAGGAGCGGUGCACCCGGCUGAUCGACGCCCUGGUGGCCGACAUCGACAAGUGUGCCAUCCUGCUGCGGCUGUGUGUGAUCACUCCCUCGCAGCAUUUCAGCCGCCUGUUGCCACACGUCCUGGCGGCCACCGAGCGCCGCGGUCGUGUGCUGCUCCUCAUGCGCGGGAUGUUCCAUCAGGAGGUCCUGUCGACGUACCUGCCGACCGAGCUCUUCCGCGCGAACUCCAACACCACCCGCAUGUAUGGCUUCUUCUUCAAGGUCUACGGUUCGUCCUACCUCGAUGCCAUCAUCGACGACUGCAUCAAGCACCUGCGCGAGACGGUCCAGGCCGGGGCCGACGCGGCCGCCCUGGCCGCAGCCUCCGCCACCAACGACGGCGCCCCGGUCCCGAAUGAGGCCUUCUCCGCGGCCGGGCUCUUCGAGGUGGAUGCCAGCCGGCUGACCGGGCCGGACCCCAAGCAACAGGCAGCGGCCAAUGCCCAACGGCUGGUGUCGGUGGUGGGGUACUUCCUGGACGCGGUGCUCGCCUCGGCGGCCCGGCUGCCGGCGAAGAUCCGCCAGCUGUACCACAGCGUGCGGGUGUCGAUCGUUCACCACUUUGGCGACGCCUCGGACGAUGAGCUGAAGGGCAUCGGCGGGCUGUUCUUCCUGCGGGUCUUCAACCCCGGGCUGCUGUUCGCCGUCAAUGAGGACGGCCUGCUCGGGGGCCAGGCCGGCCGUCGGGCGCUCAUGCUCAUCACCAAGCUCAUCCAGAACAUCGCCAACCAAAUCCCCUUCAAGGCGUCGGAGCAUGGGAAUGCCGACGGCCUGUUGACCUCGCUCUACCGGGCAUACAUGCCGCGGGUGUUCACCUUCCUGGAUGCGGUGUCCUCGAGCAGCGGGUCGCUUGAGGCCUGUCCCUCGGCGCAGGAUCUCCUGCACCAGGCCCCGGCCCAUGUGGCUUCGGCGGCGUCGGCCAUCGGGGCCACCCUGACCGGUGGUGCUCGGUCCCCGGGCGACCUGGACGCCUACACGGUCAAGGGCCUGACCGACAUCAACGCCGUGGUCGGUGUGUCGGAGUUCCUCUUCAAGUACCAGGAGCAAAUCAGCCGCGAGGUGCACAACAUCGUGUUGAUGUCCUCGUCGGCCGGGCGGCCGGGCUUCAGCCGGGCGGCGGCGGCGGCCGCUGUGGCGGCCGCCGCCGUCACCGCCGCCCCGCCCAUCGGCGAUGUGGUCAUGGCGUCCUCCGUCCGGUCGGAGGACGACCAGGCCCCGGCGCCGGCCGGGGACAUCCGCAAAACCUGGUUCCCCAAGGCGCCGGUGCCGCCGGUGGAGGCCGAGGUCAAGAGCAUCGUCGGUGACCCGGCCCUCCUGCGCAAGACCAUGGACGCGGUGUCCCACAUGAUCGUGCAGACGGGCCAGCUCCCGCCGUAUGCCACCAGCGGCGGAGCCGGGCCCGGGGCCGGGCCCGGGGCUGGCGCCGGUGCCGGUGCCGAGGCUGGCCUCUUCGAGCAGUUCAUGAGCCGGCACCAGGGCCGCAACACGCAGGCCAUUCGCGACCUCGGGGUCUUCCGGCUGGUGCCGGUGCCCAAUCGGCCGCGGCCGCUCUUUGUCUUCCUGGCCCGCAAGUAUGUCACGGCGCAGGUGGACGAGUCGCUGCUGCUGUACUACAUCCUGGACACCCUGCGGCCGGUGUUGGAGCGCUCCUUCGACGUCAUGGUGGACUUGCUGCUCUUCCGCAAGGAGAACAUCAUCCCGGCCCAGUGGAUCCUGCAGUUUGCCAACCUGCUGGCAGCCCUGGCGGCUACCAACAAGAACGCCGGGCAGUCGCUGAAUGCCCUGUUGUUCGUGCACCCGAACAAUCUCUUCCGGAAGUUUGCCUCCACCACCCUGUCGCCCUUCUACACGCCGCAGUUGCAGGAGCGCACGCACUUUGCCGCCUCGGCGGCCGAUGUGCCCGGGGACUUUGCCACCGGCUACUCCUACCUGCUGGAGAAGAUGUACUGCCAGAGUGUGGAGCGGCCCUUGCUCAAGCCGGCCAAGCUCUUCCAGCAGCUGGUUUGCAUGCAAACGGCCACCGGGGACUCCUCCAAUCGGCAGGACAGCGUGCCGGUGGUGUUCGGCGUCGGGGGGGCCUCCUUCUGCCUGAUGACGGUGGAGGGCAAGCCGAUCCUCGGCCGCUCGGCCCAGCUGGUGGAUCACUACCUGUCGUCCUCCAUCGAGGACAUUGACCUGAGCCGGCGCACCCCGAUGACCCUGGUGGUGAAGCUGUUCGAUGCGCGCACGUCCACCUACACCGGCAGUGACAACCUCUCGGUCAUCGAGGAGCUGACCCUGUCGCUGCGCACCCUCAAGGAGGCCCACGAUGCCAACCUCCUGACUGACGUGGCACGGACCAUCCGGCCGAAGGAUGUUCCGGGCACCCUGUUGAACAUGGCCCUGCUGAACAUGGGCAGUGACGAUCCCGACCUCCGUCUGGCGGCAUAUGACCUGCUGUGCUCGCUGUCGAUCACCUUCCAGUUCGAUGUGUCCAACCAGCUACUUCGUGCCAAGGGCAUGUGCAUCCCCUCCAACAACACGUCGUUCGUGAUUUCCGUCAGCCGCAAGCUCUCGGAGAAGGAGCCUCACCUGACGCUGGAGUUCCUCUUCGAGGUGCUGACCGGCUUCAAGAACUCCUCCAAGGAGAUGAAGCACUUCGCCCUGGAGUACAUGGCCCCCUGGCUCAACAACCUGGCGGUGCUGAUGGCCCAGCGCAGCCAGGCCUCCAUGGACUCCUUCAGCGAUGAGGGCCCGGACUUCGACCCGAUGGCCUCCACCGGCAGCAGCGGGGCGGGCGGCCUCGGCGGCAGCAACCCCGGCAGCAACCCCGGCAGCACGCUGGCCAGCCCCGGCGGCCCGGGGUCCGGCGAUGUGGACGGAACGGCCGGGGCCCUUGCCCGGGCCGGCAGCAGUGCCUACAGCGAUUUGGAUGGCCACGAAACGGACCGGCUCAUUUCGCGUAUCAUCCACCAGCUGGUGGAGAUCACCCUCGGCGAGUCGGAGAUGAACCCCUCCAUCCAAUCGAAGGUGUGGUACACGGUGGCCCUGUCGCCCUCGGCCCUGGGCCCGGUGCUCAAUGCCUUCAUCACCAAGGCCCUGGAUCAUCGGUUUGGCUCGCGCGAGGCCGAGGUGAUGGCCGAAUCGGCGGUCACCCUGGCCUCCGUGUCGCCGGAGUCCGCGCGCGUGGUGGCGUCCAUCGUCUUUUCGCGCCUGUGCUCGGCCGUGGACCAGACGGCGCGCGCGCAGAAUUCCGUCCAGGCAGCCUGGGCCUGGGGCGAGAUUGUGGUGCUGCUGCGCUUUGUGCUGAUGCUGUCCUUCCACAAUCGCCUGUGCCUGGAGGAGAAUCUGGCCGACCUGCUGCACUGCAUGACGGCCGUCCUCGGUGUCGGGCCGCCGUUGCUCCGGUCCACGGCCUACGGCAUCAUCAUCAAUGCGGUGCAGUCGCUCGGCACGGCCAUCGCCCACCGGCCGGAGGCCGUCAAGAAGAUGGCCCUGCAUUUGGACGAGCUGGCCACCAGUACCUUCCUCAUCCACUUCGGCCUGCGCCAGGGCAAUGUCCGGGUGUUUGAGCUGUCGCGGGCGGCCGGGUCGGUCGGUGGCCGGCAGCUGGCCGGCUUGCACUUUGCCCCGCUGCACUUGAACUCCCUGGCCGACAUGAUGACCCGCGAGCGGGUCCCCCUGUCGGCCCUGUCGGCCUUCUGCGAGAAGUGUCUGGACAUUUUGGAUGUCGUGGCCAUUGCCUCGCCGGACAUCGCCAGCCGGACGCUGUCCCGGUGGUCGGACCUGGUGCUGUCGAUUGCCUUCACCCCGCACAUUGCGGUCAUCCAGUCGCGCAUGUUCGUGGUGCUCGGCUGCCUGACCAACCGGUCGCCGGAGUUCUCCAAGCAGAGCGAGGCCAACCUCCUGCGGGUGUUGGACUCCCUGGAGGGGGCGGUGGAUCAUUUGCGCUUCUUCGCCGAUGACAGCCUGCUGUCGAGCGUGGCCGCCGCCCAGUCGGCCCUCAGUCGGCGGACGUCGCAGCAUGCCUCGGGUGGCACCCUGUCCCGGGGGAGUGCCAGCGGGGGGGCCGCGGCCGGCGGUCCGCGCCGGGUUUCGACCGAGGUGGCCGCCGCCGCCGCCGCCGCCGCCGCCGGCGCCGGUGGGGCGGCUGCCCCGGGGGCCACGGCAGCCGGUGCCCUCUUGCCCCCGGCCCCGGUGGGAUCCUUCCCCGAGGGGGAGAUCUCGCGCUUGCUGCUGGACUGCCGGUCACGCUCGCUCAGCGGCCUGUCCCAGGGGCUGGCCACGGCGGUGGCCGUCAGCUUCCCCACCGAAGAUGAGGUCCUGCUGCUGAUCAAUUCGCUGCUCCUGUGUGUGUCGAAGAUCUCGCCGCACUUGACGCAUGGCGUGGCUGUUCGCCACCUGCCCACCUUGCUGUGGAUUUCCGUGGUCAUCAUCAGCAUGGGCCACUUGGACCUGUUCAAUGAGGCGGUGGACUUGCUGGAUGUCCUCCUGCGGGCAUUCAACCGGUAUGCCACGGUGCCCGGCCCGGAUGGCACCACCAUCUACGACCAUUACCAGCUGGGCGAGGCGGUGGCGGCGGCGGUGGCGGCCACGGCGGCCGGUGCCCCUGCCUCCGGGCCGUCCUUCGGCGAUGUGAUGAUGGCCGCGCGUCGUGCCUCGCCGGAUUUGCACCUGCUCUUGCGGCAGCUGGAUCACAUGGUGGCCGCCAACUUCGAUGAGAAUUUCUCCUUCGCCCUGGCGUCCAUCCUCUACCGUGGCUUGAAGCAUGUGUCCACCAGCACGUCCACCCAGCGGCUGUUCCACACCCUCCUUGAGGUGAGCAGCCCGCGGUAUGGGGUGGCGGCCUCGAGCGGCGGUCCGGGUGGAGCCGCAGGCGGCCCUCCCGGUACGGAACCCACCGUCCGGACGCCCCUGCUGCUGGUUGGUGGCCCGAAUGCCGCCCGGGGUCCGGAGUCCGUGCCGACGGUGGCCGGGGCUUCGGCCGGGGGCCUGUCAUCCGAAGGCUCCGGCGGGCUGUCGGCCGAUUCGACGGACCUCCUGCUGGCGGAAAACCCCCUGGGCAACCGGGUGACACCGGAGCGCUUGGGGUUCUUCCUGCCGCUGGCGCCGUUGGCCGAUCCGGCCAUGCUCCGGUCGCUGUUGUGGGUGGCCGGGGUGACGCACUUCACGGCGGACCAUCCGGGCGCCGGCCCGGAGGCCGGGUUCCCCCAUGCCCGGUUCGACCGGUUCCUGGACUACUUCGACUUGCGAAGUGAGCGCACGGCCGUCCUGCUGAUCAGCAUGCUGGUGACCAUGCUCCGGCAUUCGGAGAAUGAGCAGGAGCAAUUCUUCAUCUACUCGCUCCUGGCCCAGGUGGCCGAGGAGAUGCCGCGGCUGCUGGCGCCCUUCUACCCGUCGAUCGCCGAUCGUAUGGCCAUGACCGUGUCGCGGUCCAUCGACCAGCGCCUGAUUUCGGUGGUGCACCAAAUCACGGUGUCCAUGAUCCUGGCCCGUGGGCCGGACUUGAACUCCUCGCAUGUGGCCAUCUCCAUGGAUCAGGCUCUGCAGCAGAGCUCGCACCGGAACCCGGACUCCUCGCAGCUGCCCAACAGCAGCCCGAUGACCCUGGCCGCGGCGGCGGCCGUGGCCCUGGUCAUGACCGACACCGGGGCCGGGACUGGCAGCGGCCUGCCAGGCCAGCACUCGCACCAUGGCGGCACGGUGGUCUUCCAGUACCAGAACCCCUUCCCGACGGCGGCCCUGCUGCAGCAGGCCCAGCACCAGCAGUUCCUGCUGCACAAGCAGCGCAAUGAGCUGGACAAGUCCCGGCCGGACCUGAUCCAGCCGCCGACGCAGCCCUUCCGGCCGGCUUCACUGCAGGAGCUUGGCUUCGGUGGGCUGGUCGAGUGCGCCACCUGGUCGGUGACCGCGCGCACGGUGCGCAGCUCGCAAACCGACGAGAGCACCAUCACCGCGGUGCUGCUCGGCCUCGGGGACCGAGUGGGCGUGUUGGGCCAGCUGGCCGGGGUGUUCGGCCCGGCGCGGACUUCGCGCACGGUUGCCCUGCCGGCGGCCGGGCCGGGCCCCGGGGUGCGCAUGUCCUCGGCCGGGCCGGGGGCCGGCUCCGGCACGGCCCCGGGCGGGUCUCUGGCUGGCCGGGCCAUCUCGGCCGCGGGGCCGGCUGGCCAUGCGGCCGGGACCGGCUCCGGCGGGACCAUCUCCCCCGGUGCCGGGGCUCCAUCGGCCCAGCUGCUGGACCGCCUGCGGACGCUGCUGAGCCCGGCCAUGACGGCGCACUUGAUGCAGGAGCAGGACCGCCAGGUUCGGCUGAUCAACCUGACGCGCUUCCUGCUGACCAUGGUCACCAAGCAGACCACCCGGCUGCCGGAUGUCAUGGCCGGCAACAUCUUCUCGGCCGACGGGGCUCCGGGUGCCGGUGGCCACUCGCAGCAGCCGACACAGCCAGGGCGCCUGUCGCUGACCCCGGUGACCGAGGCGCCGAAAUCGGCUGUGGCCUCGGCCACGGUCGCCCCGACCGCCGGGCCUCCGGUGUCCUCCGGCGGGGGCUCCCCGGCGCCGGGCCUCUCGACCGGCCCCUCGGCCGGCCCGCCAGUGGCCCCACGGCCGACCCCCCGGCCGCGUCCGACCCACUCGCCGCAGCCCCCAGUGGCCCAGCAGCAGCAGCAGCAGCAGCAGCAGCAGCAGCAGCAGCAGCAGCAGCAGCAGCAGCAGCAGCAACAGUGUGACCCUACCCCCUCGCCGACUCACCCCAUGGCCGGCACCAUGCUCACCCGGCUGAGCUCCAGUCUGGAGUCCCUGGCCGGGGACGGGGGCAGUGGCGGAGCCGCGGCGGUCGACAGUCGGCCGUCCAGCUCCGCCUCCAUUGGUGCGGCGUCCACUGGGGCUUCGUCGUCUCCCCAUCAGCCGCUCCCUCCCCGGUCGGUGUUCUCCUCCACCGGGUCCCUGGCUGACGAUUCGGUCCCCCCCCUGGGGGGAGCGGUGUCGUCUGGUGUCCGGCCGGCGGCUUCGCCGCCGCCGCCGCCGGUGCCAUCGGCCAAGCCCGGGUCCUCGGCCUCGCGGAUGCCCCCGCCCACCGCGGCCCCGGGGCUGGAUGAAAUGCGCUUUGCCAAGCCCCGGCCUCCGUCGGUGGCCCCGCGACGGGUGCCGGUCCUCCCGGCGGCCGGCGUCGGGGAUUAUGCCCUGCCCCCCUCGGCGAGCGGCGAGCCUGGACCGGCCGGCGGUCUGAGCGACGAUGACGCCGCGCGCGAGUCCUCCUCCCUCCCUUCGGGCGUCGGUGGUCAGUAUGGCCCCUCGCGCUCGCAUCUCCCGAUGGCGGCCCGGUCUGCCGAAUCCCUGUCAUCGGCUCAGCAGCAUCCGGAGAUCGGCGGCGAGGCCACCCCCCCGCCGCCGCCGCCGCCACCGGCCUCCUCCAAGCCGACCCCCCCGCCGAAGCCUCUCCCCCGGCUGCCGUUCUUGGAUGACGCCCCGGGUGGUGGGGUCCCGGCGGCCGCUGUCGCGGCCGGCUUCAGCCCCCCGCCGCCGUCAUCGGCCGCGACCGCCGGCUUCAGCCCCCCGCCACCGGUGGCCCCUCGUCGCCCGACGGCAGCGCCUCCGGCCCCGCCCGCCGCGGCCACGGCCCCUCCCUCGGACGAGUGA